AGCGGCAAAAUCGAGACAGUGAGAAAAAGAACAGAUAAACAACCAAGGACAUCUACGGGCCUUACCCAAUUUUCAACAUUUUCUCCAACUUUACCCCCAGUCCAACAUUAGCAUGAUGUCGUAUCUGAAGCAACCACCUUACACAGUCAACGGACUGAGCUUAACGACAUCCGGAAUGGACCUUCUGCAUCCAUCCGUAGGCUAUCCAGGUGGGUUUCAGAACUUUUUACGCUUAUGCAUCUGUUUAUUUUCAACAGCGACACCCCGCAAGCAGAGACGAGAAAGGACGACUUUCACACGCGCCCAACUUGACAUUUUGGAGGCACUGUUCGGCAAAACUCGCUAUCCUGAUAUAUUCAUGCGCGAGGAAGUAGCACUAAAAAUCAACCUACCAGAGUCUCGUGUACAGGUUUGGUUUAAGAACCGAAGGGCAAAGUGUCGCCAGCAGCAACAGCAGCAGCAGAACGGGGGCCAGAACAAGGUGCGACCAGCCAAAAAGAAGAGUUCUCCAGCCAGGGAAGCGAGCUCUGAAAGCGGGGCGAGUGGCCAGUUCACACCGCCCUCAAGUACUUCAGUCCCGACCAUCUCAACCAGCACCGCACCGGUAUCUAUCUGGAGUCCAGCCUCUAUCUCUCCGAUGGCUGACCCUCUCUCUACCUCCUCUUCCUGCAUGCAAAGAUCAUACCCAAUGACCUACACACAGGCCUCGGGAUACAGCCAAGGCUAUGGCGGAUCAACGUCAUACUUCGGCGGAAUGGACUGUGGUUCUUACCUUACUCCCAUGCAUCACCAGCUGUCUGGCCCCGGGACGACACUCAGUCCUAUGAGCACCAACGCUGUCACAAGCCAUCUGAGCCAGUCCCCUGCGUCCCUCUCCACUCAGAGCUACGGAGCCUCGGGGCUAGGCUUCAACUCCACGGCGGACUGCUUGGAUUAUAAGGACCAAGCGGCAUCCUGGAAACUGAACUUCAAUGCAGAUUGCUUGGAUUAUAAAGAUCAGACUUCAUCUUGGAAAUUCCAAGUCCUGUGAAAAAAACAAUGUGUAAACUAUUCAAACAAAGACAAUGAUAAAUCAAACAUAUAGCUCUGACAUCCUUCAAUAAGAUAUAUGCUUAAAAUACUGAAUAUUCGUGUCGUCGGUAAGGAACUGCGAGAGAGAGGGGGCUAUGGGUGGCGCCUCGCGUUGUUGGCAUGAUGUUUGGCCCCAGCCUGUAGAGGAGAAUUUAGAAUUUAUUUUAGCUUUGGCUAAGAGACUUUAUUUUCAUUAACCUCACAGGUUAUAGCCCUCUCACAUGUAUGUCUGUCAGUGUGUGCCUCUAUGCUUACAACACCUGUUGGUUAAUUUAAGGAAAACUCGGAGGUGACCCUUAGUAAUUUAUGGUACAUCACAGCCAGGGAACAAAUCCUUAUCCCAGAACAACAUUGCUAGAGGAGCGGAUCUUUUGGUUAAGAGCUUUGGAUGGACAGGCUUCGUUUAAGCCUUAUAACUUGCAGACCUAUUGGUAGAGAGACUGAUCAGGAUGGUGUGUGGACUGCGCGCACCCGAGGCGACAUGGAUGCACUACUUUAUUUAACAAAAAGUCUUUAUAAGGAAUCAAUAUGUAGUUUCUAAGAGACAAUCAGUGUGUGUCUUAUAUAAAUGGUACAUAUGUGUUUUUUUUAAUCUGUGCUAGCCUUCGAAACUGUGAUCUGUUGUAUUGUAUGCAAUUUGUGAGCUCCCUCGCAUCAGCGAUGACUCUCUGCUGUGAUUUUAAUAGAUUUGUAACUUUUUGAUCAACAAAAAAAUAAUGGAUAAUGAGAAAAUAAUUAUUAUUGCAAGAGACAACCUGACUGUCCAAACCCAUGGUAGAACAUCUGAGGUGAUACUGGAAAAGAAGCUCUAGAUUUGCGCGUUGUUCUCCGUUGAUCACACGCUGAUUGUGGAUAUAACAUGGCUCCAAAGAUGGUGUGACCCCACCGCUGAACAGACAUGAAUAAAGGUCCUGUGAUCUGACCCCCCUCCCCCCAUUUAUCAAUUAACUUAAUAUGGAUUCACUAUUG